UCGGAGCACCUGUUCGGGCCACACAUUUCCUCCUGGAACACAGCAAGUGCCCCCUAAAUUAUCCGACCCUCCAUCCUCUACAGCUCAACAUCAGAACACUCUCUUUUUAGACUCCGAUAUGGGGUCCUCCAAGAAAGUUACUCUCUCAGUGCUCAGCCGGGAGCAGUCGGAAGGGGUUGGAGCGAGGGUCCGGAGAAGCAUUGGCCGACCCGAGUUAAAAAAUCUGGAUCCAUUUUUACUGUUUGAUGAAUUUAAAGGAGGUAGACCAGGAGGAUUUCCUGAUCAUCCACAUCGAGGUUUUGAAACAGUAUCCUACCUCCUGGAAGGGGGCAGCAUGGCCCAUGAAGACUUCUGUGGACACACUGGUCAAAUGAACCCAGGAGAUUUGCAGUGGAUGACUGCGGGCCGGGGCAUUCUGCACGCCGAGAUGCCUUGCUCAGAGGAGCCAGCCCACGGCCUACAACUGUGGGUUAAUUUGAGGAGCUCAGAGAAGAUGGUGGAGCCUCAGUACCAGGAACUGAAAAGUGAAGAAAUCCCUAAACCCAGUAGGGAUGGUGUGACAGUUGCUGUUAUUUCUGGAGAAGCUCUGGGAAUAAAGUCAGACGAGGUGAGAAGGGAUAUGAAGAUGGAUGGGGAGAGGGAGAAGGGCUGGAGAGGGGGGAGAGUGGGACGCGGAGAGGAUGAGAGGGAGAGGGGAGAGGGGGGACAGAGGAAGGAGGUGGAGAGGGAGAGGGAGAGGAAGAAUGGAGAAGGAGUAGAGAGCGAAGGAGGGGAGGAGGGGAGAGCGGAAUGA